AUGUAUUCCCUAUUACAAAUUAGUCCACAACAAAUUAUUGGUCCAAAAAUUAGAAAGUCUUACUUUGAUAAUAAUGGAAAUGAAAUGCCUCGUCCAUUAUAUGGAUCAUUAGCACUAAUUUGUGAUAAUAUUUUAAAUAUGGGUUUGAAAUUAGUUUCAUAUUCUCAAGCACAAUUAUUAUCAACGUUUAGAAAAUCUAUCGAUUGA